GUGAAGCUCCAGCCCCGAGCCAUGUCCUGUUCCGAGAAGUGCCAAACGUGCGAGCCCUGCCCGCCCUGCCAGCCCUGCCAGCCCUGCGGCCCGACCCCGCUGGCCAACAGCUGCAAUGAGCCCUGUGUCAGGCAGUGCCAGAGCUCCAACGUGGUCAUCCAGCCCUCCGCCGUGGUGGUGACCCUGCCCGGCCCCAUCCUCAGCUCCUUCCCGCAGAACACUGUUGUGGGCUCCUCCACCUCCGCUGCCGUCGGCAGCAUCCUCAGCUGUGAGGGAGUGCCCAUCAACUCCGGGGGCUUUGACCUCUCCUGCAUCACCAGCCGCUACUGCGGCAGCAGAUGCAGACCCUGCUGA